AUGCAAGAUAUCAAAGAGAUGAAGAUAGAGGCACAAGAUGAGCCCGGCGUUGAGAAAGGAACCGUAUUGGAUUCUGGAGAAAUUCGAGACAUCGGAGCGCAGCUCUUCGCCGAAGCCGAGCAAAUAUCCCCCGAGGAACUCGAGCGUGAAGGUGCCGAGGUGCGCAAGAUCCUCGACAGACGGGUCAUGCCUAUAAUCUACCUGACAUACUGCAUUCAGUUUCUGGACAAGCUUUCGCUGAACUAUGCAUCUGCAUACACGUUGAUACCCGAUCUAGGCUUGGAAGGCCAGAGGUACUCAUGGGUUGCUGCAAUCUACAACUUUGGGUACCUUGCAUUUGCUAUACCUUCAAACCUUCUUCUACAACGACUGCCGCUCGCAAAAUAUAUGGGAGGGUCGCUCGUCAUAUGGGCUGCGUUGGUUAUUGCCCACGUUGGAGCCAAGAAUUAUGCUGGAAUGUUAGUCCUGAGAUUUAUUCUGGGAAUGGCAGAAGCAUGUGUUAGCCCUUGUAUGAUGAGCUUCACAUCCAUGUUCUACAAACGAGACGAGCAACCAUUGCGCAUGGCCAUCUGGCUCUCUGCAAAUGGAAUGGCAACAAUGGUUGGAGCCCUACUCGGAUUCGGACUUGGCCAUGUGCACAACACAUCUCUUGAAAGCUGGAAACUCAUCUUCCUCGUUAUUGGUCUACUCAACCUUGUCACAGCAAUCCUCUUCCUCUGGUUUAUUCCUGACUCCCCAAGCUCCGCAAAGUUCCUCACCCACAGACAACGCAUCAUCGCCGUCCAGCGCGUCUCCGAGAACAUGAUUGGCGUCAAAACGAAAGAGUUCAAAUUCCGCCAGGCUUUAGAAAUAUUCUAUGAUGUCAAGGUACUUUGCAUUCUAGGCAUGGGCAUUUCUUGCGGUGUCAUCAACGGCGGCGUCUCCAACUUCGCUUCUUCCCUGAUCAAAGGGUACGGGUUUUCCGGCAUUUAUGCGACUCUCCUACAGCUCCCCACAGGCGCCAUUGAAGCCGUCAUCGUUCCUAUCUGCGGUCUCAUCUCCACCUAUGUCCGCGACUCACGUUGUAUCGUUCUUGCCGUCGUUUCUUUCAUUCCCUUCGCGGGGCUACUGGGAAUCCGCUUCACAGACCUCUCGCACCGCUGGACGCUCGUCGGCUGUACCUGGUUGCAAUACAUCAUCGGCGCCCCGGUCAUCGUCUCAUGGAACCUCCUCUCCACAAAUAUAGCCGGACACACAAAGCGCUCCAUCGCCAACGGUCUCUGGUUCACACUGUACGCGGGCGGGAACGUCGCAGGCUCGAAUAUCUUCUUCGCGCGCGAGGCUCCCCGGUACUACUCCGCACUUACGGGACUGCUGAUCUGCUACGCGGGAAUGAUUGUUCUUGCAGGCGUUGCGUACGCCGUUAUGAAGAUUGAGAAUGUCAGACGCGAUCGGAAGCUGACUGUCGAGGAGAGCGCAACGAGGCAGGAUAGGGCUGUGUUGGAUGGGUUCAAGGACAUGACGGACAUGGAGUCAAAGGAUUUCCGGUAUGCGCUUUGA